CAGCCCCACAGACAAUUGUUCAGAAUCCCGGAGGUCGGGAUCCCGGCGCCGGUGUUAUGUACCUUGUUGGGAUGCCGGGGCAGGCAUUCUGAGAUGUGUCAGGAUUCCUGCGUCUGCAUUUUGACUGCCAGAUCCCGACCGCCGGUUUCCUGACCGGAUCCCCUACCUAAUGCUAAUGUGAGAUUCCAUUCAACUAAUACAGAGGUUUCCCUGUACGGAAUCUGAUGUCUGGAGAAGGCUCCUGCGUGCAGAAUGAUGACACUGGAGACGAAUUCUUAAAAAAGGCAUUAAAGAUAGUGAUGGAGGAGGGCGUGCAGAAUGCCACAGAUAGAAAUCAUAAGGUCUGUGAAUGGAUGGAACCAGAACAGCUGCAGAGAGUUCUGGAUUUAAAUAUACGUAGUCAUGGGGAAUCCCAGGACGUACUGUUGGGAUACUGCAGAGACAUCAUCAGACUGAGCGUCAAAACAGGACACCCACGCUUCUUCAACCAACUCUUUUCAGGGUUAGAUCGUCAUGCUCUGACUGGUAGGAUCAUAAGUGAAACCUUGAACACCAGCCAUCACAUGUAUGCAUCCUACAGAUACACCUAUGAGGUUGCUCCUGUCUUUGUCCUGAUGGAAGAUGAAAUACUUAGAACGAUGAGAAGUUUCAUAGGAUGGAAAACAGGAGAUGGGAUAUUUUGCCCAGGAGGCUCCAUCUCUAACAUGUACGCCAUGAAUGUGGCUCGCUUUAAACAUUUUCCACACUGCAAAGAGAAGGGUCUGCAUGCACUGCCCAGGCUGACAGUAUUUACUUCACAAGAGAGUCACUAUUCCGUCCAGAAGGGGGCAGCAUUACUUGGCAUUGGAACUGAUAAUGUAAUCCUUGUGCAGAUAAAUGACAGGGGGGAAAUGAUGCCGGAAGAUUUGGAGCACAAAAUACAGAAAGAAAAAUCUGAGGGUUCCGUUCCUUUCUUAGUUAGUACAACUUGUGGGACAACUGUGCUUGGGGCAUUUGAUCCCCUACACGGCAUUGCAGAUGUGUGUGAACGUCAUGGUGUAUGGCUGCAUGUCGAUGCUGCAUGGGGAGGCAGUGCCCUUCUGUCCUGCAGACACAGGCAUCUACUGAGCGGCAUAGACAGGGCAGAUUCUGUGACCUGGAAUCCCCACAAGUUACUCGGUGUUGGUUUGCAGUGCUCUGCUUUUCUCCUGCGGGACACAACAGAGUUACUGGAGCGCUGUCAUGCGGCUAAUGCCAGCUAUCUUUUCCAAACUGACAAGUUUUACAACCAGAAGUACGACACUGGAGAUAAAUCCAUACAAUGUGGUCGCAGGGUAGACUGUCUCAAGCUCUGGCUUAUGUGGAAGGCACUUGGAUCCAAGGGGCUGGAGAAACGCGUUGAUCGAACACUGGAGAAUACCAGAUACCUGGCAGAGGAGAUGAAGAGGAGGGAAGGCUUCAUUAUUGUUACAGAGCCACGGUUUGUGAACCUGUGUUUUUGGUAUGUGCCACCAAGCCUUCGAAGCCAAAAGAACGCUCCAGAUUACUGGGACAGAAUUGGAAAGGUAGCUCCGAUCAUAAAGGAAAGAAUGAUGAAGAAAGGCUCAAUGAUGGUCGGAUAUCAGUCUCAUGGGAACAGAGUAAAUUUUUUCAGACAGAUUGUGGUGAACCCGGAAGUGACCAAAGACGAUCUGGACUUCUUCUUGAAUGAAAUAGAAAAACUGGCAGAAGACCUAUAAAUUUUCAUCACAUUUGGAAAGACACAUUGGUCAUAGAAAAUAAAGUAGAUUUUAAGCUCCACUGGGGCAGGGACUGAUGUGAAUGAUUAAAUAUUCUCUGUAAAGUGCUCCGGAAUAUGUGUGCACUAUAUACAUAACUGGUAAUAAAUAAAUAAAAGAGGACAA